ACAUGAGAAGGCGACGUCGGUAUGUUGAGAGGCACGCGGCGAGCGCAUGUGUUGAGGCGCCGGCGUAGUUUUCGUGCACGCUGCCGAUAUAGGAUGACGGUCUGGCGAGAGCGGGGCAGUCGUGAUGUGGCACGAUCUCUGUUCCACAUGGUCGCUGGAAAACAGGGUAACUGGAUGGCGAACGCGGUGCGCUGUGUUCGGGGUGGUCUCCGAUGGCUACUCCUUCUCACUGUCCUGACUAUCUUUGUGAUACACCCUGUUGCUACAGACAUCACUGAUGUGCCGAAGUUUGGGGAGCCAAUCACGAACGUAACGGUGCCAGUUGGGCGCGAGGCGACGCUGACAUGUGUAGUGGACGACCUUGCCACUUACAAGGUGGCAUGGCUCCGAGUCGAUACACAAACCAUUCUGACCAUCGCGAGUCACGUGAUCACCAAAAAUCAUCGCAUUGGUGUGACACACAGUGAUCACAGAACGUGGUAUCUGCAUAUCAGAGACAUGAAGGAGUCUGACCGAGGCUGGUACAUGUGCCAGAUCAACACGGAUCCCAUGAAGAGUCAAGUGGGCUACUUGGAGGUGGUAGUUCCACCGGACAUCCUGGACUACCCGACCAGCACGGAUAUGGUGGUGCGAGAGGGAACCAACGUGACGCUCCGCUGCGCCGCGACGGGCUCGCCCCAGCCCAGUAUUAUCUGGCGUCGGGAGGGGGGUGAAGCAAUCCCCUUGGGCAAUGGGCAGGAAGUUGCUAGUGUGGAAGGCCCAGUGUUCAACAUCACCAGGGUGAACCGGCUGCAUAUGGGGGCGUACCUCUGCAUCGCGUCCAACGGUGUUCCCCCCACAGUUAGCAAGAGGAUCAUGCUAAUUGUGCAUUUUCCUCCAAUGAUAUGGAUCCAAAAUCAACUGGUGGGAGCAUAUGAAGGUCAACAGAUUACCCUUGACUGCAAUUCAGAAGCGUAUCCGAAGUCAAUUAACUACUGGACAGGAGAGAAAGGAGAAAUUAUAGCUCAAGGUGGCAGGUAUGAGCCAGUGCUGCUGGACAAUGCCUAUAAAGUACAUAUGAAGCUGACCAUCCGGUCCGUGGGUCCGACGGACUUCGGUACCUACAAGUGCGUCUCCAAAAAUUCACUGGGUGACACGGACGGGAGCAUAAGGCUUUACCCCAUUCCGUCUCCUCUAACUCCCCCCAGGACCACUAUUAUCACCAUUACAACCACAACCAAGGACAUAAUCAACCCUCUACCGGAAGAGAAGCCCGCCGGAGCGCAUCCCAGUGACAAACUGCACCCGGGAACUAACGAGAUCAUGGACCUAUCGGACCCCCAGCAAAUCUCCAAACAGAGAGAUUUGAAGUUGAGAGGUGGUAAUCCCAGUGAUAACAGCCUGGACUUGCUCGAUAUCGGGUCUGGUUCAGGAAACACCUCACUGUCAGUUAUAUCACUUUUUCUGAUGCUGGUGGUCCUCAUUGUGCGGCAUAACACCUGGACGAUCGUUCAGCAAACGCCAUAUAGAAUCAGGACCAGAUCUUAGUUAUUGGAAUAAACACCAAUCACAGAGUUCCAAUGCAUCAAAUGUAGUGAAAUUCCGACUCGCGUUUACUUACUCGUCCAAAGAAGAAAUUUACUCAAGAAGACUGGCUUUGAAAUGAACUUAUGUCAUGAACAUCACAUAUUAUUGUUAAGUAUGAAUAUGUGUUGAAGUCCUUCAGGGACUUAAGCGAGACAUGUAAAUACACGUAGCCAAAAUUACGAAGCGGUCCACGUUCUUCAGAAGGUAAAGUAUUUGGCUUCAUGUGACCUAGCAAUGUAAGCAAGAGAAUGCGUGGAACUAUUGAAAUGUGUUUGUGAUGUUGUUCCAAAAGUGAUAACACAGGAAUUGACCACAGUGAGUGUUUCAAAGAACUGCGCUAAUAAGUUAACUCAGGGAAACUAAACUUAACAAUGGGUUAAUACUUCUGGUCUCAAAAUAUAUAUACAUUGCUAAUGAUUACAAUAUGUGUAACGUUCGAAUCGAUUAGACGGGCGCCUUUCUGUGUGAGAUGCAGAGAAUUCUUAGAACAUCUAAGAUCAUUUGAAUUUUACUCUAACCUCCAAACGUCUUCUUUAAUAAGGACUGUACUCUACAUAAAAUCCUGAAUUGAAGAUCUUUCAAUGAAGACAACUGAGACUGACAAAUACACAAUCUUAUCCUAGGUUCGAGAAUUGGAUAAGAUUUUGAAGUAAUUUUAGUUCAUAUUCUAGAAUUGCAGAUGCCACUAGUUAGUUUUAAAGGCAUUCUGAUAAAUCAUAAAUUAAGAAUAAGAUAUUAUAUUGGAAAUAUUUAAAUCGGCUAAUAUAGAAGAGAGGCAUAAAUCCUCCCUUUGAAAAAUAUUUGGAUAGAAAUUUACAGCAUAUCCGAAUGAAGAUUCAAUAUCAAUGAUUAGUCUCGUAACAGUCUCGUCAGAGAAAUUUAUAACACAGUGUGAAUAUUUUAAAUGUAAAAAUAAAACUCUGAUUAAUACAUCAGUUGCUGCACAUCUCAAAUCAAAAUACGACGUUACAAGGUGUUGAAAAAUGCAGCCUUGAAUUAUUCUUCUCUGAGAAAGUGAGUGGACGAUUCGUACAGUGAAGUGUGUCUGUGUACAAUGUGACUUUCAGGAUAAGAAUUAUGACUUCGAACAUUAUAUGUGUUUUAGGAUUGUAAAGGCUUCGUACACAAUAUGAGGGUCUGUUCUUCCACCGAUUUGUGAGAUUCGCAUCAUGAAAAUGAUUCCUGCUGUAUACUGCUUGUCUUGGUUGCACGUUAUUCUGUUGUCAGAAAUUGAACGUGCAACGAAGAAACGCAAAGCCACCUACUGAACUGCAGACACGUGACGACUGAGUGAACGCCAGAACAAACAGGACGCAAACGUUUUCUUACAUGUCAUGAUGUAAUAUGCAUUCAUUUAAAAAUAUUCCGCAACAAGAAACAUUUUUAUAUACUCAGUUUUCUAAACAGAUAUGUUAGUAAAUAAAAUGUUCAUCAUCAUGUACGGUUAGAAAAUAAUCAGUUUAAUAUCUGAAUCAGUAAUCUGUUUCUCAAAAAUAUGUAUCCGAAAAUGUCUCGAAACUCCCGUAGGACACUACAAAAAAGAUAUCAAUAUGAAAAAUAUGGUGUACCAAAAUUAAUACGAAUGUAUAACGUCUACCUGUUCAAAAUUAAGAAUCUGUCUUGAUAUCAUGCUUAAAAUUAUUUUAGUUAUGAUAUGCCAUGCUCAUUAACGAAGCCAAAGAAUAAAACAAUUCGAACUGUGCUGGCUUCCUUAAGCCUGUGAUACAGAUCAAGGCAGAUAUUUAUAUAUGAACUCUAUGUUAACAAAUCUCUUGUUUGAAUCAUCACAA